AUGCAGGCCACCACAGUGGCGUCGGCGGGCCAAGCUCGGCUGGCCGCACAGCAACGCCGCGGGCAGGCACCCGGCAGAAGGGCCCCCAGGAGCCAGGUCGUGGCCGCGGUCGCGUCCCUGCAGAAGAGCAGCAGCCCGCUGCUGGAAGGGCUGGUGGCGGAGGGCAUCAUCACCGCCGACGAGGCGGUGUCCUGCUCGCCCGACCAGCUCGAGUUCCUGAUCCGCAAGCGCUUUCGCCCAGACUCCACCCCGGAGCAGGCCAGCAUCCAGGCGUAUGUGGCAGACGGCGUGAUCACCCAGGACGAGCUGGAGAAGUGCUCGGCGGACCAGCUGGAGUUCCUGAUCCGCAAGCGCUCCUCCUCCCCAGAGGCCUCCGCCAACGUCGUGCCCUGGUCCUCGCCUUCCAAGGAGGCGCCGCAGCACACCGGCAGCGACGCCGUGAAUGGCGAGACUGUGGGCGAGGACCCUGCGUGGGGCGGCAUCCAGGCCUACAUCGCCAAUGGCAUCCUCACGACCGAUGAGGUGGAGAAGUGCUCUCCCGCGCAGCUGGAGUUCCUCAUCCGCAAGCGCAGCCCCUCGCCGCCGGCCAAGGAGGCGCGCAUCGCGGCCCGCACCCCGGCGCGGCCCGCGCCCAAGGUGGUGGAGCCGGAGCCCGAGGCGCCACAGGAGGCUGAGUUUGUGCAGCUGAGCCUGGAGGAGUACCUGGCUCAGGGUGUUGUGACCGAGUAUGAGAUUGAGAUGUGCUCCCCCACCCAGCUGGAAUUCCUCAUCCGCAAGCGCACUGAGGUGGCCACCGCUGCCGCCUCCUCGCCGCCCGCCUCCCCCAAGCGCGGCCGGUCGCGCGGGCCCGUGCGCGUGCCGCCGGUGGCGGCCGUGCAGGCCGCCGCCGCCUCCGCGGCGCCGACGGUGGAGGAGGAGGAGGAGGCGCCGCCGCAGAAGCUGGUGGUGCCGCGGGCGCCGCCGCUGACGGAUGACCCCGACAUGCAGCGCCGCUCGCUGAGCCCCGUGGCGCGCAAAAUCCCGGAGCGGGAGCAGGAGGGAGGCAUGCCCUGGGCAGGAGCCAUGGCUGCGGCAGGUCUGACCGUGGUGGGCCUGUCGGCAGGCCUGUACUUUGCUGGCCGCGACAACGUGCCGGCACCGGCGGCACCCUCGGCCAUGCAGCAGCCUGCGCCAGCCAAGGCGCAGACCGCCAGGCUGGCAGACAAGGUGGAGGUUCCCAAGGCAGCUCCCCAGGCGGUGCCCCCGCCGCCAGCGGCAAAGGUUGAGAAGGUUGAGAGCAAGGCGGCGGCACCGGCCAAGGUGGUAGCGCCCGAGCCCAAGGUGGAGGAGAAGAAGGCAGCGCCGGCCCCUGCCGCCGCUGCACUGAAGACUGACACCAAGCCGGCGGUGCCUGCGCCGCCCAAGCAGGAGGAGGAGAAGAAGCCGGCCUCCAAGGUCAUGGCCGAGAAGCUGGCUGCUGAGCUGGCGUCCGACCUGGCGGUGAAGCAGCGGCCGGCGGCGGCGCCGGCCGCGCCGACCAAGCCCCGCAGCAGCGAGCUGUCGCGCGGGCAGUCGGCGGCGGGCGGCACGCUGGCCGCGGCGGGCGUGGUGCUGGCGGGCCUGCUGGUGCCGGGGGCGCGCGAGGCGCUGUUCAGCCGCUUUGCGGGCGAGGCGGCGGUGCUCAAGACGGCCAGCGCCAAGACUGCCAGCCUGCAGAAGCUGGUGGAUGCGCAGCAGGGCGACCUGCGCAUCCUGCAGGACCAGCUGGCGGUGGCGCAGGCAGAGUACGGCGCCGCGCUGUCCAAGCUCAACGGGGCCAAGGGCGCGCUGGCCAGCCUCAGCAGCCGCGUGGUCAGCAGCGAGAAGGCGGCCAAGGCGCUGGUGGCCGACCUGGAGCGCUUCCCGUCCAAGGAGGCGCAGCGGCUGAAGAGCGAGGCCGCCACCAUCGCCGCCUCCGUCUCCACGCAGCGCAUGGCGGUGGAGCGGGCACUGGCCAAGGCGCUCAAGGACCUCUGA